CAGACAAAGGUCCAUCCUCUCAAAGACACCCCAGUAUUAUUAAGUUGGAUGGAGAACUAUACGUGUCCGAUUUGCAUCAAUCUUCUCAUCGAGCCUGUAACGUUGCCAUGCAAACACGAGUUGUGUCUUCCGUGUUUCCAACAGAACUUCGAAGAGUCCCUAUGUUGCCCGAUGUGCCGCACCCGGAUCUCUUCCUGGGUGAGAAAACAGAGCAAAACCAAGAAACUUGUCAACGAAAAAAGAUGGAAAGAAAUCAAAACUUUAUUUCCCGAAAAGGUUCGACUUCGCCAAGAAGGAUUCGAGGAAGAUUCCGAAAUAGAUCAAAUUUUUCAACCUCCAAGACUACAAUUAGCAGAACCUGGAGAAAUCCGGGAAGAGUAUGAGAAAGCAGUUAAGAAGCUAAAUGAAGAAAGAGAAGCACAGAAACGGAAGGAAGAAGAAGCAAGUGUUGCUCUCUUGAACUCCCUUCGCGAAGAGGAAGAACGGUUAAGACGUGAACAACAGAAAUUAGAGUCACAACUUAAAAAGGAUGAGGAACUUGCUCGUCAGUUGGAGUCUGUAGGUACUCCAGCACUGCACAAGAAAGACGAGAGAGUCUUGGAUGGUGAGCAGAACAAUUCAGUGAUGGCCAACAGAGUUGAGGAAAGGGAAACGAUUGAUGACAUUACUGCCUGCCAUUCUCUUCAGCCAACCGUGGUUAUUGAAGGGAUAAGUAAGACCAGUUCUAACAGUCGCUCACUGGAAACAGACUCUUUGACAGCUGAAAGUAGUCAGUUGAAAGAUGAUGAUUUCAAUCGUACUUUUGAAGCUGCUGACAACCCAGACAGUCCCACCUGGUCGGCAGAUGCUACCUCUCCUACACUGAACUGCAACAGUGUACCCAAACCCAACACAUUGUCCUACAUUAAAUCCCCUUUAAAACAGUUUAAUUCGUUUGGCAUAAAAGAUUCUGAGCGUCGAAUAUUGUUUGAGAAGAAACUGAAUGUGAAUAAAAAAGAUGUUGGAAGAAGCCGCAUUUCAAAUGUUCAUUCUAAACUCAAGCCAAACAUGAAAUCUGAUCAGAACUCUAAAUCUGCAAAGCUGGAUUUGUAUUUCAGUAAAAAAGACACUAACCACCAUUCCAGCAACUAUUUCGAUGAUGCUAAAGAUCUCACAGAAGAACAGGAUAGAUUGUUUGCAUUAGCACUCCAGAAACAAUACGAUCUAGAAGUCAAACUUUCCUCAACAGUAAACCGUUCCAAAGGUACAUCAGACGGGUACAAGUUGAGGGCAAAGAACGAAACAUCGACCAACGACAAACGCAAAAGGAGCUCAAGCAACGAGAGAGCCUCCAAAAAAGCAAAAACUUAAAAAAAGAAACCCUGGAAGAACGAGUGAACAUGAGUACUUGGACAUGUCUCAGAAAGAGCUCACAAUUGGUGGAUGACAGCACUGAUUAAAAAAAAAUCAACUGAAGAGUUUUCUUCACUUCCACAUUGUAAAAAAAAAAAAACUAGAUUGGGUCAGAUUCAGUUGAUUUCCAGAGGAAAA